UAUGGAAUAUAAAUAAAUAUCACCUCAGAGAUUACAACUUAUUACAGAGAGAAGCGAUUCCAAAGGAAUAUAUUUCGUUCUGUCUAAUCUUAUUCUUUGUUUAAAACCCCUCUCCAUGCAUUUCUCUUGUUUAUAUAUUUAUUGCUUCCUCUCUCUAAGAUUUGUGAGUCCUGACCAUCAAUCUUUCUAGCUAAGUGAGUAGGUUCAGUACGUAUAAAUAUAUAUAGAGCAGAGAGCGUUAGAGCAGAGAAAUGGGUUUGAGGUCCAUCAUAUCGACCAUCACCUACGGUUUGUUUCUUGGCUAUCCACACAAGAAGCCAAAGGUCAAAAGUGUGAGCCACCUCAACUAUUACCACACCAUGCCAAAGGCUCGUCCACUUUCUUUACAGACGAUAGACCUAAAAGUACGGAUGUGCUGCAGUGGAUGCGAGAGGGUAGUCAAGCAUGCCAUUUACAAGUUGAGAGGAGUGGACUCGGUGGAGGUGAACCUGGAGUUGGAGAGAGUGACGGUGGUUGGGUACGUGGAGAGGAAGAAGGUGCUGAAGGCGGUGAGAAGAGCCGGGAAGCGAGCGGAGUUCUGGCCUUACCCGGACAUGCCUCGCUACUUCACUUCCUCGGACCACUACUUCAAAGACACAACCCGCGAAUUCAGGGAAAGCUACAACUACUACCGCCACGGCUACAACCUCAGCGACCGUCAUGGUCAUAUCCACGUCACUAACCGUGGCGACGACAAAGUCAGCAACUUCUUUAACGACGACAACGUCCACGCUUGUCGCCUUAUGUAAUCAAAUGUUUAAUCUUUUUUAUUUCUCAAAACUAAUCAUCCUAUAUAUGUAAUAUGUACAUAUAUCUGUAUGUAUUUCUAUGGUCUCUAGGGUUGAUACAUGUUGUAUUGUAUUGUCUAGCAUGUAAUCCCUCUUAAGUCUUAAGGUUGUCAAUUGGGGGUGUCAAUUGGGAUUGCCCUGCCCGGACCAAAACCUGCAAACCCCAUUGCCACCUAAGUUCGGCCCACAAAAUUUUGGGCCUCUAUU